CAAGCAACGCUUGAGGGUCAUGUUUUCGGAGGCCGAUAAAGGCAUUGCCCCAUUAGUCGCGCCCUUUGCAGUGGUGUUUGUGCCUUGGGUUUCGUCGCAUACGUGAAUCUCAAGGACAUGUGCGCUAAAUACCCGCCCCGGCCGGCCAAAUAAAUUCCAUUCUGUCCAUGACCCAACCAAGUACUCCUGACUAGGGACCACAACCACUGGGGGACAUCGGAACAGAGGGAUAUCAACAUACACACACACGCACACGCAUAUACAUAAUCGCUUCAGGAUCGGACCGACAUCUGUAUCCCUCUGGAAUAGUAAUACAUACCCCACACCAUGUCAUCCAACGCCAACGGCCAACAGGGACUCAUCAAAGGAAUCCUCAAAAGGCCCGCAUCCAUCUCACCCUCUGCCUCGUCCCCCACCCACCCCGACGCCUCUCCUUCGCGCCCUCUCCAGAACCUCCAGCUCGACACCGCCGACGUCAUGUCUGCUCAAUUGCCCUCGACCGCGCGAUCCAACGGGAAAUCUCCAGCACCCCCCAUGCUGCGGAAGCACUCGUCACCUAUGAUGCCGCCCUUCAUGGUCUCGGCCCCGGGCAAAGUCAUAGUCUACGGUGAGCACGCUGUCGUGCACGGCAAGCCUGCCAUCGCCGCCGCCAUCUCACUUCGCUCCUACUUGCACGUAUCCUUCCUCUCCAAAUCACACCGCACCGUUACUAUGCGCUUCCCGGACAUAGAGUUGGAGCACACCUGGGAACUUGACAAACUACCCUGGGACGCCUUUGCUGCCCCCGGGAAGAAGAAGUUUUACUACGACUCGGUCACAUCGCUGGAUCCAGACCUCCAGGCUGCUCUGGAGCCUUCCAUCCAACUGGUUUCCCCCAAUGCCCCCGAAUCAAUACGCAAGAUACACCAUUCGACUGCCUGCUGUUUUCUAUACCUCUUCUGCUCUCUGGCCUCGCGGAAAACACCCCCUUGUGUUUAUACGCUUCGCUCCACCAUCCCUCUACGAGCGGGCCUCGGAAGCAGCGCCAGUAUCUCCGUAUGCAUCAGUGCUGCUUUGCUACUUCAGAUUCGAGCUUUGAGCGGUCCACACCAGGAUCAACCACCACAAGAAUGCGAACUUCAGAUCGAACGCAUCAAUCGCUGGGCAUUUGUCGGCGAGAUGUGCAUACAUGGGAACCCCUCAGGUAUCGACAACACGGUUGCAGCAGGGGGCAAGGCAGUUCUGUACCAAAGGCAAGGCCCAGAAAAGCCUCCACGCAUCGUUCCGAUCCACAGUUUCCCCGAACUCCCUCUCCUCCUCGUCAACACACGCCAAUCGCGCAGCACCGCCGUCGAGGUAGCCAAAGUCGCAACACUAAGAGAGAACCAUCCCGCUCUUACCGAAAACAUACUCGAUUCCAUAGGCCUCGUUACUGAAUCCGCAUAUAAGCUCCUCACAUCCCCAGACUUUGACCCUUCUUCGCUUGCGGCCCUCAAACACCUUGGAGAUCUGGUGACUAUAAAUCACGGCCUGCUCGUAUCGCUGGGCGUAUCGCAUCCAAAACUCGAACGAAUCCGCGAGCUCAUCGAUCACACGGGCAUCGGGUGGACCAAACUCACAGGCGCGGGCGGCGGUGGCUGCGCCAUUACCAUCAUCAAACCUCGACCCACCUCAGCCGCCAACGGCAACGGUGUACACCACGAACACUCCUCAUCCUCCGAAGCUUCUGAUUCCGACUCCGACUCUCCAGCUACAGCCGCUGCAUCGGUCAUAUCUUCGGGCACGAAGCUCAAGCACAGAAUCCUCGACAAUCUAGAAGUAAAACUCGGUAACGAGGGCUUCGACAAGUUCGAAACCACGUUGGCGGGCGAUGGUGUCGGAGUCUUGUGGCCGGCCGUGCUGCACAACGUCAACGAGGAAGAAGGCGGCGAAGAAAUCGACCAGGAGAAGUUUCUAAGGGCUGAGGGCACAGAAGGUAUUGAGCGGCUUGUGGGAGUGGCGAGUGCGCGAGCGAGAAAGGUCGAUGCGCUGAGGGACGUACGCGAAGGGUGGAAGUUUUGGAGGCCGUGGGAGACGGAAGCGGAUGACGAAGAUUGA